CAUUUUGCUGCUGCUGUGUUGUUACUUCGCUCAUGAACACUAGUGACGUUGCAGCCAGUGUGCGCGUUCUCGUGGAGCUUUUCCGGUGGCGUUUCCUGUGUUUGUAAACUGACCUGAGCUGGAAUAAAAGAGCGAAAUUGAGCAGUACUAAGAAAAGACAUUGCUGCCCCAUGAUAGAGUCCGGUGAGACUUGUGUGACACUUGGUCCGAACUGACGUCUCAUCUACACAUCUCGCCUGUCUCUCAACCGCUGUCUGCCACCAUGUCACACAUACCCGGCAGCUCGGUCCGGGACCACAUGAAAUGGGCAGGGCUGUUAGGUUGUGAAGCGGUGUUGUCCAGCAUGGCUCUGAUGCAGGCCAGUUCCAUCGCUGCUCCUAAGAAAAUGAUGUCGCCGCUGGGUCCAGCUUCAGGACACGGAUCUGCCCAGAGGGAUGUACAGGACCGUGGGACGCAAGGACACAUGGUCUUACCAGCGAGCAUGACCUGUCCUCCACUGCUUCUGCGGAAGGAGGGUGAUUUUACAGCUCCUCGACUUUUGGAUGAGAAGGAAAUGAGGCCCAAUGAAGACAUGCAGCUGAAGAAAAAGAACAGGAAGUCGGGAACACCCUCAAAAGUGAGAGAGCAGGAUGGGCAAGCGGGGAAGGCGGUUGUGGAUGAAAAUGGAAAUUGUCCACUUUCAAAAGUCCAGAAGAACUUUAUCUGUGAUCACUGCUACGGGGCCUUCAGGAGUGGAUACCACCUGAAGAGACACAUCCUCAUCCAUACUGGAGAAAAGCCGUUUGCUUGUGCCGUGUGUGACAUGAGAUUUAUUCAGCGUUACCACUUGGAGCGACACAGCCUCACUCACACUGGGGUGAAGCCAUAUGCUUGUUCCAUGUGUGACAUGCGGUUUUUCCAACGUUACCACUUGGAGAGGCACAGCCUCACUCACACUGGCAUCAAACCAUAUGCUUGCACCAUGUGUGACAUGAGAUUUUUCCAAAGAUACCACCUUCAGCGACACAGCCUCAUUCAUACGGGGGUGAAGCCGUAUGCUUGCUCCAUGUGCGACAGGCGUUUUUUCCAACGUUACCACCUGCAGAGACACAGCCUCACUCAUACGGGGGUGAAGCCGUAUGCUUGUUCCAUGUGUGACAUGAGGUUUUUUCAGCGUUACCACCUGCAGAGACACAGCCUCACCCAUACGGGGGUGAAGCCAUUUGCUUGCACAAUGUGCCCCAUGAGGUUUUUUCAACGUUGCCAUCUCCAACGACACAGUCUCACCCACACGGGGGUGAAGCCAUUUGCUUGCACAAUGUGUGAUAUGAGGUUUUUCCAACGCUACCAUCUCCAGAGACACACCAUCACCCAUACGGGGGUGAAGCCGUAUGCUUGUUCCAUGUGUGACAUGCGUUUUUUCCACCGUUACCAUCUGCAGAGACACAGCCUCACUCACACGGGGGUGAAGCCUUAUGCUUGCUCCAUGUGCGACAUGCGUUUUUUCCAACGUUACCAUCUACAGAGACACAGCCUCACCCAUACGGGGGUGAAGCCGUAUGCUUGCUCGAUGUGCGACAUGCGGUUUUUUCAGCGUUACCACCUGCAGAGACACAGCCUCACUCAUACGGGGGUGAAGCCAUAUGCUUGUUCGAUGUGCGACAUGCGGUUUUUCCAACGUUACCACUUGGAAAGACACAGCCUGACUCACACUGGUGAGAAGCCGUUUGCAUGUGACAUGUGUGACAUGCGGUUCAUUCAGAGGUACCAUCUGGAGCGACACAAGCGUGUUCACAGUGGUGAAAAGCCUUACCAGUGUGAGCGCUGCCAGCAGAACUUCUCACGGACAGACAGACUUUUGAGACAUCGGCGGUUGUGUCAGGGUCGCGGCGUGGCAAAAGUCGAGGCCCAGCCGUGCUCUUUCGCCCAGGAGCCUCCCCCAGCCCCUCCGUCCACGUGGAGUCCCCUUCAUCCUGCCCCAGGCCGGACUCGCCGUCUGACACUAUACUCUCCAGACAAGCCCUGAGAAGACGGCACACCCAGACCUCUCUCUCAACGCCCCCGGCACUGCGGCCCCACCUGCUGACAGAGAGAUGCGCUACAGAGAGGACGAGGGAGAUUCCCGUCUUUUGUUUCUUUAUUGAGAAACACACAAGGUUCUCUUUUGAUCCAUUGAGGGUUGUUUUAUACUUUUUGGUAAUAUAAUAUGGGGUUAGAAGGGGUUUUAUGGUACUUUUAAGACGUAAAGAACAAAAAAACACACCUAACAUGGGAAUUUCAUGUGACUAACCAAAAAAAAAAAAAAAAAAAAAAAUGUGCAAAGGUACAACCCAUCAUCUAUCGACUGACACCUAUUGAUACACACUUUAUGUAAGUUCAACAGCAUUGUGUGGUUCAAAUCAGCAUCAUAUGUGAUGUAUAGGCCUGCUGUAAAGUGCUAAGGGUUAGUUCCCUACUGUCCUGAGGACUCAGGUAAUGUCCCACUACCAUCGCAAGAUCCGUUUGUAACACUGUACCAAUGUAUGAUCGUGUGGAAAUGCACAGUGCGCUUCCAUAUAUUAAUUCAUUAAGCAUUCACAGGCUUUUUCUCAAUAAUAAAUGUUUGAUCUGAUAUUGUAACUAUGUAAGAAUUUGAAAGAUGUGUAUAUUAUUAUGUGUAACAGCUGGUUUGUUCUCUAUCAUUGCCGUGAGCUGGUGGAAAUGACGCCAUUAGCUGAGUUCUGCUCACAGGAAGUGACAUCACUCACUUAAUGACUGGGCAAAUCUCACAGAACCUCUCAAAGCCAUGUGUGGGUCAUUGGUCCUCAAAAUCACAAUUGAUAUUUUGCAUAAAGAAAAUUAGGUCUUUUUUUAGGACCAUUAAACACAAUUUGCUCUAAUGCAAAAAUAUUAUUUUAAAUAUACUUUAAAUAUACUGGUAGUAAAUAUAUUUAAAUGUAUACUGCCUUUAUGCAAAUGUAUUUAAUGUUUUUUUUUUUUAUUAUUAUUAUUCAACAGUAAGUCAUUGAGAAUUACAGUAAAAUGUUUAGGCGCUUUAUGUAAUGAGAACUGAAGGGGUGAAAUGUCACAGUGCAAAAUAAUUUAUUGGUCCUUUUAAAUAGUCUUCAUUUUCUAUAUGCUAAAUAUAUUUUUUCUGAUUUUAGAGUGAUAUAUGGCAGAGAUAUGUUCUUGUGAGAUUCACUCAAGUAUUGACUGCACUGUUAAUACAUCUACAUUACACGUGAUGAAAACGUCCAAAAGACCCACGAUAUUAUGUACAGAUUUAUAUGUGCAACAUAUUAUAAGAUCUUGUGGCCUUAGGAUGUGUUCAUGUCUUUGUUGUUUUGUUUUUUUUUGUUGUUUUUUUUUUUUUACACCUUGGUUAUAAAAUAAUUAUAUACAUAUUAUUUUACUGAAAUAUUGACACGAGGACAGAUACGCUGCCUUUUGUUUUCUUUCCAAAGUCAUUGUAACAUUAUAUUGCCUUGUGUUCAAGCACAGCUGUGUUGCUGUUUUCUUGAUAACGAACCGAUUUUUUCUUUUGUUGUUAGACUUUCAGAGUUUGACCUGGAUAAAGUCAAGGUUUCCAGCAUGAUUUAGCAGUGUUGUCUUACUCUAAUGCGAGUCUGCAGCGUCUUCAGUUCAUGUGGGCCAUUAACGGAGGAAAAUGGCAGAGAUCUGAUGUUAUUGUUGUACCAAAUGAUAUUAUUGUAUUUGUCAGUUUCUUAACUUCUCAUCUUAUCGUUAACAUGAUAUCUACUGUUUGGCGAGAGUCUCGUCUGUAUUAUUAUUAUUUUAGUUUUUGUUUUUUGUGCCGAUGGACAAACUAGGGAUUGAAUUGGGCAUUUCCUGCAUCAGAAUGCUUUCUGUUUAUAUGGCAACUAAAAGCAGAAUAUAUCUUCAGAGGAAUGUCUGCUGUUUAUUGACAAAAGAUUGCUGCAUUUCUAUGUAAUGACUGAUUUUCUUUUUAAUGUUACAUGUAUGUUUAUAUAACUGAAUUGGUUAAAACUCUUAGUUCUAUAGCAACAAACUUUGUGUAUUUUAAGGACCUUUUUAUGCUAAUAUAAUUUUUAAAAACACUGGAGAGAAGUGUGUGAAAUGAUAAACUAUAUAGACAUAUAUACAGUUGAAUAUACAGUGUGUGUGUGUGUGUGUAUAUGUGUAGCAUAUUAUAUGCAUAACAUACUGUUAAGUUAUCAGCAUAUAUUCCAACAAAAUAACUGACUUUACACAAAUGAUCCUUUUAUUAUUACACAGGGCGCCAACAUUCUCUGAUGGUCAAGGCAACACAUUUUAUAAAGAUCUUAAAUAUCUUGUGUAAGCUUUUUAAGGACUGUAUUGAAAUAUGAUCUUUUAUCUGUUAUCUGCAGGGGGCUUAUAAGACAAAGGAGACAAAAGGGUAUGCACUUAACACGUAUGUAUGUACACAUGCACGCUCGCACACACACACACAUAAUUAGCUUGUAGUUACUAGAUAAAGCCUCUGCAAAGCAUUGGGAACGAUAUUACAGUUUGCAUACUUUGAUAUCCAUGAGUCCAAAGUGAAAAGAAAGAAGCAAUAGAAGUCGUACCUCCAAAUUAUUUUUCGGGAGUUCUUUGGAUGGAAGAAGAGACUGCAUCAGUAGUACUUUAAAGCAGUUUGCUUUUUAUUUCUUGCAUGAUAUUGCAGACUCUGAUGUAAAAACUUCACAGAAUUCCUUUUCUUCCUCUGAGGGUGUUUUUCCAAAACUUUCUGAAUGCAAAAAAAGGACAGGUUUUGUUAUUUGUUUCUUUAAAAAGACUUGAAACACUUCAGUGAUACAGUGAAUUGUUUUUGUGUGGAGACAACAGAGAGGCUUCCUUUAUGCCUAAAUAAAAUACUACAUAAAGUA